GUAACCGUCGUUUAUUCAGUUCUUUUUCCAUAACAGGUAUAUACUCUAGUUUAUUAAGUCAGCGAUUCACUAAAGAAGACAAAGGUCAGAACAACAAGGUGGCUUCCCUGAGUUCUCACAGCUGGUGAGAGGCAGACAGGGGAUUUGAACCCAAGAGCUCGUGACCGCAAAACCCAAACCCUGUGCCACUCUGGCCCCAAGGCUGCCUACUGCUGUCACCCUGUGUCAGCUCAGCUCUACCUUCAGGCCAGUUGCUCGAGACCCUCCCACCAGAGUUUCGCCAUGGCCAGGUUCCACCUUCUGCUUCUGAGGACCUGCCCACCUCUUCCUCGUGGUCUUUGGUCGCUCAAGUCAUUCUAACUGGCUUCCUGGCCCGGCUACCGUAGGAUUUCACCACCAUGAACUCCAAGAAGCUGGUGAACACAGUGGCAGACUGUGCUGAUGAUGCCCUUGCUGGUCUGGUGGCCUGCAACCCCAACCUGCAACUUCUACAGGGCCACCGUGUGGCCCUCCGUUCUGACCUGGACAGCCUCAAGGGCCGGGUGGCACUGCUGUCAGGUGGGGGCUCUGGCCAUGAGCCUGCCCAUGCUGGUUUCAUAGGGAAGGGGAUGCUGACAGGAGUCAUCGCAGGGGCUGUGUUCACCUCCCCAGCAGUGGGCAGCAUCCUGGCAGCCAUCAGGGCAGUGGCCCAGGCAGGCACAGUGGGGACCCUCCUCAUUGUGAAGAACUACACUGGGGAUCGGCUCAACUUCGGCCUGGCCCGGGAGCAGGCCCAGGCUGAGGGCAUCCCCGUGGAGAUGGUGGUCAUUGGAGAUGAUAGUGCUUUCACCGUCCUGAAGAAGGCAGGCAGGCGGGGACUCUGCGGCACAGUGCUCAUACACAAGGUGGCUGGUGCCCUGGCUGAGGCAGGUGUGGGGCUGGAGGAAAUCACAAAUCGGGUGAACGUGGUUGCCAAGGCCAUGGGGACCCUGGGAGUGAGCUUGUCCUCCUGCAGUGUCCCUGGCUCCAGACCCACCUUUGAGCUCUCACAGGAUGAAGUAGAGCUAGGCCUGGGGAUCCACGGGGAAGCUGGUGUGUGCCGCAUAAAGAUGGCAAGUGCCAAUGAGAUUGUGACGCUCAUGCUGGACCACAUGACAGCCUCCUCCAACGUGUCCCAUGUGCCUGUGCAGUCUGGUUCCUCAGUGGUGCUGAUGGUCAACAACCUCGGUGGCUUGUCGUUCCUGGAAGUGGGCAUCAUAGCUGAUGCUGCUGUCCGCACUCUGGAGAGCCGUGGGGUGAAGAUCGCCCGUGCCCUGGUGGGCACCUUCAUGUCAGCCCUGGAGAUGCCUGGCAUUUCUCUCACCCUUCUGCUGGUGGAUGAGCCUCUCCUGAAACUGAUUGAUGCUGAAACCACGGCAUCAGCCUGGCCUAAUGUGGCCAAAGUCUCUGUGACUGGGCAGAAGCGGACCCGAGCAGCCCCUGCUGAGCCUCUGGAGGCCCCUAAUUCCACGGUUGCAGAAGGUUUGGCCUUGAAGCGGGUGGUGCUUGUGAUGGAGCGGGUGUGCACCACCCUCCUGGGCCUGGAGGAGCAUCUGAAUGCCCUGGACCGUGCUGCUGGUGACGGGGACUGUGGUACCACCCACAGCCGUGCUGCCAGAGCAAUCCAGGGGUGGCUGAAGGAGGGUCCACCCCCUGCCAGCCCUGCCCAAUUACUCUCCAGAUUGUCCCUCCUGCUCCUGGAGAAGAUGGGAGGCUCAUCUGGGGCGCUUUACGGCCUGUUCCUGACUGCAGCGGCCCAGCCACUCAAGGCCAAGACAGACCUGCCAGCCUGGUCUGCUGCCAUGGAUGCUGGCCUGGAGGCCAUGCAGAAGUAUGGGAAGGCUGCUCCAGGGGACAGGACUAUGCUGGAUUCCCUGUGGGCAGCAGGGCAGGAGCUCCAAGCCUGGAAGAACCCAGGGGCCAAUCUUUUCCAAGUUUUGACCAAAGCAGUCCAGAGUGCAGAAGCUGCAGCCCAGGCCACCAAGAACAUGGAAGCUGGAGCCGGAAGAGCUAGUUACAUCAGCUCUGCAAAGCUGGAUCAGCCAGACCCUGGGGCAGUGGCAGCCGCAGCCAUCCUCCGCACCAUCCUGGAGGUCCUGCAGAGCCAGGGUGUGUGAGGGCCUUCUGGAGUGCCUCCUGGGCGGCAGGGCCUCACUGCUGUGCAUAGGUGGCCAGUCACUUCCUCCUGUUUUCCCACUGUUACCCUCCCCCACCCCUUGUCCCUGUAGCCUGUCCUGAGUUCAGCAGAGAACCCUCUGCCAGCCUCCAGAAUUCCUACAGGAAUGCAGGCUGAGUGGGUCAUGUACUGCUUUAGCCCUGCCUUUUCUCACUUCUGGGGUCAUGCCGCUCUGCCCCCAGCCACCUUGGGGCCUCCGUGAUAUGCAUUUUCCUAGGGUGGCAACAUGGCCUUUAACUGGCCAUGCUAAUUUGGCUUUAAGGCUCCCUGAGAAAGGCCUGACCAUGAGUGAGUGUGGAAAAGCAAGCGAAUAAAAAACCAGAUUGAAACAAGA